ACACGCACGCAAGGCCCUCGUCACGGCGUGCUGACGUACGGGAGGGUGUGUGCGCGGGGGCGGGGCCAGUGUACGUCAGCACGCCGUGAUAACGCUGACGCCGAUCAGCGGCUCUAUAUCGGAAUUUGGGCGCUUUAGAAAGACUGAGGAGGAAAAGCCGCUUUCAUUCUGCAGUUGAAGCAUUUCGCUGUUUUCUGCCGUUGGAGGAAGAGCAGACUUUACGCCAGAGCGCGAAAUAAUGGCGGUUUUGGGAGGCGCGUGCCGGCUCAUGCAGCUGGUCAGGUGGAGUCCGCCGGUGAGUUUGUGCACGAGUGUGUUUCUCAGACGGCAGUCGACGGCCGCAGCAGCUGCGUUCGCCAGCUCCGCCGCUCCAGAGACUCAGGAGAACAGAAAACCCAAAACAGGGAUUCUGAUGCUGAACAUGGGCGGCCCGGAGAAACUGGAAGACGUGCAUGAUUUCCUCUUACGGCUCUUCAUGGACACAGACCUCUUGCAGCUUCCUGUGCAGAAUAAACUCGGCCCUUUCAUUGCCAAAAGACGAACCCCAAAGAUCCAAGAGCAGUACAGUAAGAUCGGAGGAGGAUCUCCAAUCAAAGCCUGGACCACCACGCAGGGAGAAGGCAUGGUCAAGCUGCUGGACGAGAUGUGUCCCGAGACGGCUCCUCAUAAGUUUUACAUCGGGUUCCGGUACGUUCAUCCUCUGACGGAGGAGGCCAUCGAGCAGAUGGAGAAGGACGGAGUGGAGAGAGCCGUGGCCUUCACGCAGUACCCACAAUACAGCUGCUCCACCACAGGCAGCAGUCUGAACGCCAUCUACAGAUACUACAGCAGUCGCAGCGACAGGCCCAAGAUGCGCUGGAGUGUGAUUGACAGGUGGCCGACACACCCACUACUGAUCGAGUGUUUUGCUGAACAUGUUGUGAAUGAGCUGGAGAAGUUUCCUGCAGAGAAGAGAGACGACGUGGUGAUUCUGUUCUCGGCUCACUCGCUGCCGCUGUCUGUGGUGAACCGGGGCGAUCCGUACCCACAGGAAGUUGGCGCGACGGUUCAGAGGGUGAUGGACCGAUUAGGACACUGUAACCCGUACAGACUCGUCUGGCAGUCAAAGGUGGGGCCGAUGGCGUGGCUGGGGCCGCAGACUGAUGAGGUCAUCAAGGGCCUCUGUCAGCGCGGGAAGAAGAACCUGCUGCUGGUUCCCAUCGCUUUCACCAGCGACCACAUCGAGACACUGCACGAGCUCGACAUCGAGUACUCGCAGAUCCUCGGGGAAGAGUGUGGCGUGGAGAACAUCAGACGAGCCGAAUCUUUGAACGGAAAUCCACUGUUCUUCAGGGCGCUGGCGGAUCUGGUUCAGUCCCAUCUGAAGUCCAACAAGCCGUGUUCCCGUCAGCUCACCCUCCGCUGUCCGCUCUGCGUCAACCCCACCUGCGCUCAGACCAAGGCCUUCUUCUCCAGCCAGAAACCCUGACCUCUGACCUCUCAGCAGCCAUGUACCCGACGGCAGCGCUGGACUCUAGGUUAGCUUAAGGGUAAAGCCAGUGCACGAGGGUGAUUUCAGACUGAGACGAGUCAUAAGUGCCGCCCUCAUUGAAAACAAAUGCGUUUUUUCUUACAUUCCAACCUUAUACAUCCGAAAACAUCCGCAUCCCCUUCACCUUUUUAGUUUCCCUCUUGGUCUUUCCGUCCAGAUUUUUUCUUGCACGUGAUUGAGAACGCUUGUGUCUUCCCUUAAAAAAACUAAACGCAGUCCUAAAAAAAUGCAAAAACAGUCAGCGUGGAACAAAUGACACAUUAAUCGAAUAAACAUGGUGCUAAAGUUGUGUGCACAUGCAUUUGUGCAUCAGAUCGGCUUAAAAGAAAUCGUUCACAUUCAUUCAUGUGCUUUCAAACCUGUAUGACUUUAUUUCUUCUGUGGAAAUGUUGUGUUGAAAAGCUUCGAAACGUACAAAAGCACCAUUAAAGUAUCAUGACUUCAGAAGAACUUCAGUUCAGAGUAGUGCACAAUUCAU